AUGGACCUGCAGCUCAAUGGCACCGAGCGCAUCUGCGUUGAUGGGGAGGUCAAGUUGAUUCCCACACCCACCCAAUCGCCAAAUGAUCCAAUGAAUUGGAGCACCGGGAGACGGUAUUGGCAUUCUUUUUUGGUCCUUGUGUUUGUCGCCCUGACCGCGGCAACUGCCAAUGAUGCCGGCAACGCUGGUAACGGCAUGAACGCUGAGCUGGGUAUCACGUGGAACCAGAUCAAUACGGCUGCCGGCGUCUUGUUUGUCGGCAUUGGAUAUACAACAUUGCUCCUCGGCCCAGCACCCUUCUUAUAUGGAAGACGUAUCUCCUAUCUGAUCUGUUUGUUGUUUUCCAUCAUCGGCUCCAUCGGGCUAGCCCGCACCCAAUAUGUCGGCGACAAUAUCUGGAGCCAACUUUUCGUGGGCGCCUCCGAAUCCUGCGCCGAGGCACUUGCCCAGCUGUCUCUAUCCGAUCUGUUCUUCCAGCAUCAAAGAGGUCUGCUUUAUCACCAACUCCCCCUGGGAUGGAGAUGGGUAGGAUGGCUUGCUGCCAUCAUAUCCGGAGGCUUACUUUUUGUCUUUUACUUCGGAUUGGAGGAAACAUUCUUUGAUCGGAACAACCCUAUCCACGGACAUGAUGCGCCUGCUGGCAGGACUGAGGGCACCUCGGAUGACGCGGAUAAAAAAGACAAACCGAUCGCGAGCGUGCAGCGAACAUCCUCCGACGGCCAACUCGACGAAGAAUGUGGGCAAGAAAAAGGAAAAACGUAUUUCCAGCGUAUCGCCUUGAUCACCCCAUCGCCAACCCUGGUCGGGACAGGCUUCAAACAGUAUUGCCGUCGCCUGUUCCACACAUUGCGCGUCUUCACCUUCCCAGCCGUCAUCUACUCGGGCCUUCAGUGGGGCGCCCAAGACGCCUGGCUGACCUUCUACCUCACCGUUGAAGCGGAUAAUUGGUACGGACCGCCUUGGAACUACACCGACGCCGCAGUGGGCAUCAUGAACGUACCUACCCUGAUCGGAUCGGUCCUUGGUUGCAUUUACGGUGGAUGGUUCUCUGACUUCUUCGUCAUGUGGAUGGCCAAGCGAAAUAAGGGCAUCUUUGAAGCUGAGCAGCGUCUCUGGCUCCUAUUGCCUGUUGCAUUCAUCGGCCCUGCUGGGCUCAUGCUCUUCGGAAUCGGCUCUGAUAAAGGCUGGGACUGGCAUCUGCCGUAUCUUGGACUGGGAUUUAUUGGUUUCGGCUGGGGUUGUGCAGGCGAUCUUAGCAUGGCGUAUCUCAUGGAUGCGUACCCGGAUAUGGUUCUGGAGGGCAUGGUCGGUGUCGCUGUUAUCAACAACACUAUCGGUUGUAUCUUCACUUUCACUGCUCAGAGUUGGUUGGAUGCACAGACCCUUGCGCAGGUCUUCAUUGCCAUUGGCGUCUUGAGCUUCUGUUCUAUUAUGACCACGGUCCCCAUGAUGUACUGGGGUAAGAAGUGUCGGCAGAUGACACGGAAGAAAUACGAGGCAUUCCUGCUGCUUCGUGAUGGACCUUCGAGUUGA